AAUCCUUCGCGCGAGGCGGAAAACUUACCAUUGAUCCCAGCUUGCGUUUCACUGCGGUGGUCCACUCCGCGUGCCGGUCGGUCCUUCUCCGGCGCCCAUGGCGGCCCCCGAGCAGCCGCUGCCCGCGGCCAGAGGAUGCCCGAGCUCCGCUUCGCUGUCCCCGCCGCGGGGCGACCGAACCCUCCUCGUGAGGCACCUGCCGGCCGAGCUGACCGCGGAGGAGAAAGAGGACUUGCUUAAGUAUUUCGGGGCGCAGUCCGUGCGCGUCCUGUCCGAUAAGGGGCGACUGAAACAUACAGCGUUUGCUACUUUCCCUAAUGAAAAAGCAGCUGUAAAGGCACUGACAAGACUCCACCAGCUGAAACUUCUAGGUCACACUUUAGUUGUUGAAUUUGCAAAAGAGCAAGAUGAAGUUCAUUCCCCAUGUCCCUCUUCAGGCACCGACAAAAAGAAAAGGUCUGAUGAGCCUGUGGAAGAUGAUAAGGAAAAGAAAGAACUUGGUUGUUUGACUAUAGAAAAUGGAAUUGCACCAAACCACGGGCUGACGUUUCCUCUGGAUUCCUGCCUCAAGUACAUGUACCCCCCGCCGUCCAGCACCAUCCUCGCCAAUAUAGUGAACGCCCUGGCAAGUGUGCCCAAGUUCUAUGUUCAGGUGCUUCAUCUUAUGAAUAAAAUGAAUUUGCCCACACCUUUUGGACCAAUCACUGCACGACCUCCCAUGUAUGAAGACUAUGUGCCGUUACACGCCCCUCUCCCACCUGUGUCUCCUCGGCGCCCGGAGGAACCGCCGUUGCCGGACGAGGACGAGGACUUAUCUAGUAAAGAGUCCGAAUAUGAAAGCAGCGAUGAGGAAGACCGACAGAGAAUGGCCAAACUAAUGGAAUUGGCAAAUCUUCAGCCCAAAAGACCAAAAGCAACAAGACAGCGCCAUGUGAGAAAAAGACGGAAAAUAAAGGACAUGCUGACCACACCUGCUCCUGUCUCUCACAGUGUACACCCGGUGCUGUCCCCGUCGGAUGUAUUCGAUCAACCACAGCCGGUCGGGAAUAAAAAGAUUGAGUUCCAUAUAUCCACCGACAUGCCGGCUGCAUUUAAGAAAGAAUUAGAAAAGGAAGAUGAUUUUGAAGAACAAAAUCCUGACUUACCUGCUGCCCAAGGUGAUGCGUCCACUGUAGGAUUUGGAAAGAUCUUCCCCAAACCUAACCCGAGCGUCGCCGAGGAGAGUAAGGAGGACUCUGACGAGACGCCGUCCGAGUGCAUCUCCAGGCGGGAGCUGGAGAAGGGCCGGGUCUCUAGAGAAGAAAUGGAAACGCUUUCGGUUUUCAGAAGUUAUGAACCCGGUGAACCAAACUGUAGGAUUUAUGUAAAGAAUUUAGCUAAACAUGUUCAAGAAAAGGACCUUAAAUUUAUUUUUGGAAGAUACGUUGACUUUUCAUCAGAAACACAACGGAUAAUGUUUGACAUCCGCCUGAUGAAGGAGGGCCGCAUGAAAGGACAGGCCUUCAUUGGGCUCCCGAACGAGAAAGCAGCAGCAAAGGCCUUGAAGGAAGCUAACGGAUAUGUUCUUUUUGGAAAACCUAUGGUGGUUCAAUUCGCUCGAUCUGCUAGACCAAAACAAGAUUCUAAAGAAGGAAAAAGAAAGUGAUACAAAUUGGUAAAGGUAAGUGUGGCUAUGAAUAGGUGGAAGGAGAAGACUUUCUGAGAUUCUGCCACAAACGCUUCUGGAGGAGGGUCCUGUGGUUUCCCCGCCUGUCCCCCCUGCCUACCACUUGGAGCUGGUAGAGCAGUAACUCCAGUGAAAGCCCUUAGCUCCACGCAUCCAUCUGUCCAUGCCUGUCUCUGUCUAACUGUGCCGUUAAUUCUCAUUCAACUUCAAAGUGGUAACUGCAGAAUAAAGCCUAUUUGUAUAUGAAAGUCAUACUGGGAAAAUAGGUUUUAUAAGGGGAGGGUGUCAGAUUGCCAGAGUUUCUGUUCAGGAGGUCUGGGGUGGGGACCUUGGAAACCAGGAAGCCAGCUCUCCUCCCCCUCCUGCCCCCCAGUUUUUCUGUGACGGGGUGUGUGGGUCAAGCCAGGACAAACCAGUCAUCCUUGGUGGGCCUGUGCAUUUGCAUUAUAAUUACUAAUUGAACGCUUCAGAGAAUAUAUACAUGUCUUUUGUGGAAUGAAAUCUUUGUUUUUCAAAUAUGUAACUCUAAUGCACACUCAAGUAAUUUUAUUAUUAAAAAUGGUAGAAUUACAUUUCCAA